GAAGUUUUUCUUCCCUGUCUCUGGGGUGCGUGGUGUGGUGCUGAGUGUGGUCUUGCGUGUUGGAUCACUUCACUGAGGUCUCCCAGUCGGUGUCAAGUCGUUUCCAACCGGAUAAAAGAAAGAUCUGACAGGAUGGCGUUAAACCUAACCAUCAACACAAACAAUCCACCUCUAGGGGCGCUUUUGGCUGCCGAGCAUGUGAAGAGCUCAGUGCAGGUGUCGGUGGAGGAAGGCAAAGACACCAAGCUGCACAUCUCAGAUUCUGUCCAGUUCAACGAUGCCAACUCCAUAUGCCGCUACCUGGCCCGGGUGGCUCCUGCUCUCGGCCUUUAUGGAGCCAACACCAUGGAGCAGACAGAGGUGGAUCACUGGCUAGAGUUCAGCGCUCGCCGUCUUUGCGAUCAGCCCAGUCUGACUGGAGCUCUUGGUGAGCUGGACAAGGCCCUGUCUCUGCGGACCUUCCUGGUUGGACACGCCCUCACUCUGGCUGACCUGUCUGUGUGGGCUGCCCUCAAAGGUCACAACGAAUGGCCAGGCCAAGGCAGUUCUUUCCCCCACAUCAGCCGCUGGUUCUUCUUCUUGAGCUCACAGGUUCCCUUCUCAGUCGUGGGGAAAAAGUAUCCCAGCAAGAAAGCUCCGAUGAACAAAUCAAAUUCGGACGAGAAGAAGCAGGAUGUUGGGAAGUUUGUGGAGUUGCCGGGAGCAGAGGUGGGCAAAGUGGUGGUUCGAUUCCCCCCUGAAGCCAGCGGAUAUCUGCACAUCGGUCAUGCCAAGGCCGCCCUCCUCAACCAGCACUACCAGGUGACAUUUAAAGGCAAACUCAUCAUGCGCUUUGAUGACACCAACCCUGAAAAGGAGAAGGAGGACUUUGAGAAGGUCAUCCUGGAAGAUGUGGCCAUGCUCCAGAUCCGUCCGGACCAGUUCACCUACACCAGCGACCACUUUCCCAUCAUCAUGAAGAUGGCGGAGCAGCUGCUCCAGGAGGGCAAAGCCUACAUCGACGACACGCCCCCCGAGCAGAUGAAGCAGGAGCGGGAGCAGCGGGUGGAGUCCAGAUGCAGGAGCAACACCGUGGAGCAGAACAUGAAGAUGUGGGCGGAGAUGAAGGCCGGGACGGAGCUGGGCCAGACCUGCUGCAUGAGGGCCAAGAUCGACAUGGCCUCCAACAACGGCUGCAUGAGAGACCCCACCCUGUACCGCUGCAAGAACGCCCCCCACCCCCGUACCGGAAGCAACUACAACGUCUACCCCACAUACGAUUUUGCCUGCCCCAUCGUGGACAGCUUGGAGGGCGUCACGCACGCUCUCAGGACCACCGAGUACCACGACCGCGACGACCAGUUCUACUGGAUCAUCGACGCGCUGCGUCUCAGGAAGCCCUACAUCUGGGAGUACGCCCGGCUCAACCUCAACAACACCGUGCUGUCAAAGAGGAAGCUCACCUGGUUCGUCGACCAGGGCUACGUCGACGGAUGGGAUGACCCUCGGUUCCCGACUGUAAGAGGAGUCCUGCGCAGAGGCAUGACCGUGGAGGGUCUGAAGCAGUUCAUUGCAGCUCAGGGUGGAUCGAGAUCAGUGGUGAACAUGGAGUGGGACAAGAUCUGGGCCUUUAAUAAAAAGGUCAUCGACCCAGUGGCUCCCAGGUACACGGCCCUGUCCAGCUCCUACGUGGUUCCAGUUUCUGUCCCAGAGGCGAAGGAGGAAAUGAAGGAAGUGGCCAAACAUCCUAAGAACCCAGAGGUGGGGAUGAAGGAGGUCUGGUAUGGACCUCGAGUUAUGGUGGAAGGAGCCGACGCAGAGACCCUCUCAGUGGGGGAGGUGGUCACCUUCAUCAACUGGGGGAACCUCAUCAUCACCAAGAUCAACAAGGGGGCUGACGGCAAGAUCGCAUCCAUGGAGGCUCGCCUCAACCUGGACAACAAAGACUACAAGAAGACGACAAAGAUCACCUGGCUGGCCGACGCCAAUGGAGGCCCCCUGCUGCCCGCCGUCUGCGUCAACUACCAGCCACUCAUUUCGAAGGCCGUCAUCACCAAAGACGACGACUUCAAAGAUUACAUCAAUAAAAACAGCAAGUUGGAGGAGAAGAUGCUUGGAGAUCCCUGUCUGAAGAACCUGAAGAAGGGUGACAUCAUCCAGCUCCAGAGGCGUGGCUUCUACAUCUGUGACCAGCCCUACGAGCCAGUCAGUCCAAACAGCUGUAAAGAGAGCCCUUGUGUCCUGAUCUACAUUCCUGACGGACACACCAAGGAGAUGCCAACUGCUGGGUCCAAGGAUAAAAGCAAGAGCCAGGCCUCCAGCAGCACACCUGCCUCCACCACCAAAGCCUCUUCAACCUCAUCAACCCCUUCAGCCACAGCGGCCCCAGCCCCAACCUCAGCAACUGAACUGUUCUCCAGCAUCGUUGCACAAGGCGAAACUGUCCGGCAGCUAAAAUCCGCCAAAGCUCCCAAAGAGGAAGUGGACAAGGCAGUUCAGCAGCUGCUGUCUCUGAAGGCCCAGUUUAAGCAGCAGACGGGGGCAGAUUACAAACCAGGCAUGGCCCCUCCCAACCCCGCCCCAUCCACGCCUGCCCCAGCAGCAGACUCCGCCUCCUGCCCAUUCACCCGCGUUUCCAAGCAGGGCGAGCUGGUCAGGAAACUGAAGGCCGAGCAGGCGCCGAAGGAUCAGGUCGACGCUGCAGUGAAGCAGCUCCUCGCUCUCAAGGCGGAGUUCAAAAAGCUCACCGGUCAGGAUUACAAACCAGGGAUGGCCACCCCCGCCGCCACUGCCCCGCCCCCUGCGACCUCCCCCCCCUCCUCUCCUUCAGGCCUGUAUGAGCGGGUCGCACAGCAGGGAGAGGUCGUGAGGAAACUGAAGUCUGAAAAAGCCCCAAAGGACCAGGUGGAUGCGGCAGUAAAGCAGCUGCUCGCCUUGAAGGUGGAGUAUAAGCAGCUCACGGGUCAGGAGUACAAGCCUGGGGCUGCUCCGGCUCAGAAGGCCCCCGCCCCGGUCCAGAACAGCCCCAGUCCCGCCCCACCGGCUACUGGCCUCUACGAGAGAGUUUCCCAACAGGGAGAGGUGGUCAGGAAACUGAAGGGUGAAAAAACUCCGAAAGAUCAGGUGGACGCUGCCGUGAAGAUGCUCCUGGCUCUAAAGGCUGAGUACAAACAAGAGACCGGACAGGACUAUAAGCCUGGCCAACAAGCCCCAGCGAGCCCUGCGCAGAGCAAGGGCAGCCCUGCGUCCAGCCAAUCCGGUCCCUCCCCGCAGGCCCAGGAGCUUUUCUCACUGGUGGCCCAGCAGGGGGAGCUGGUGAGGAAACUGAAGACAGAGAAGGCCCCCAAGGAACGGGUUGAUGAGGCUGUGAAGUCGCUUCUGGAGCUCAAGAGCAAGUACAAGUCUGUCACCGGAGAGGAUUACAAACCAGUGACUACUCCGGGAGCCCCCGGAGGAGAGGACAAGAACCGUAAAGAGAGGGAGAACAAGUCUGAGAAACAGGGGGGAGGUGGAGGAGGAGGGGGAAAGAAGGGUAAAGGAGAGAAGGGGGGUCAGGGUAAGGAGUCAUCCGGAGGAGCAGGAGGCUCGGGAGAGGGCCAAGGCCCAAAAAAACAGACACGGUUGGGCUUAGAGGCAAAGAAAGAGGAGAACCUUGCUGACUGGUACUCUCAGGUCAUCACUAAGGCAGAGAUGAUCGAGUACUAUGACGUUAGCGGCUGCUAUGUGCUGCGUCCCUGGUCAUAUUCCAUUUGGGAGGCCAUCAAAGACUUCUUUGACCGGGAAAUCAAGAAGCUGGGUGUCGAGAACUGCUACUUCCCGAUGUUUGUCUCUCAGGCCGCCCUAGAGAAGGAGAAGUCCCACAUUGAGGACUUUGCUCCAGAGGUUGCUUGGGUGACUCGUUCAGGGAAGACUGAGCUGGCCGAGCCCAUUGCUGUCAGACCCACCAGUGAGACGGUUAUGUAUCCGGCCUACGCUAAAUGGGUGCAGUCCCACAGAGACCUGCCAAUCAAACUCAACCAGUGGUGUAACGUUGUGAGAUGGGAGUUCAAACACCCUCAGCCAUUCCUGAGAACGAGGGAGUUCCUUUGGCAGGAGGGGCACACGGCCUUUGCCACUAAAGAGGAGGCAGCUGAGGAGGUGCUGCAGAUCCUGGAUUUGUACGCUAGAGUGUAUGAAGAGCUGAUGGCUAUCCCCGUGGUGAAAGGAAGGAAAACGGAGAAGGAGAAGUUCGCAGGAGGAGAUUACACCACCACCGUGGAGGCAUUCAUCUCUGCCAGCGGCCGAGCCAUUCAGGGGGCUACAUCUCACCAUCUGGGCCAGAACUUCUCCAGGAUGUUUGAGAUCGUCUUUGAAGAUCCCAAAAAACCUGGAGAGAAGCAGCUGGCCUUCCAGAACUCCUGGGGCAUCACAACCAGGACCAUUGGUGUCCUCACCAUGGUCCACGGGGACAACAUGGGACUUGUGCUCCCCCCCAGGGUGGCCUGUCUGCAGGUUGUCAUCAUCCCUUGCGGAAUCACUGCAUCCUUGCCAGAACAAGAAAAGGAUGCACUGCUGGCGCAGUGCACUAAAUACCUGAGAAGGCUGCUGGAUGCCGGCGUCAGGGUGAAGACUGACCUCCGAGACAACUAUUCCCCAGGAUGGAAAUUCAACCACUGGGAGCUAAAGGGAGUACCUAUCCGUCUGGAGGUGGGUCCUAAAGACAUGCAGCAGAAGCAAUGUGUUGCUGUGAGGAGAGAUUCAGGUGCAAAGGUCACAAUACCACAGGUGGAGGUGGAGAAGAGGAUGGUCGCCAUGUUGGAAGACAUCCAGAACAGCCUGUACAAGAAAGCUUCAGAUGACCUGAGGACUCACAUGGUCGCUGUAGACACGAUGGAACAGUUCCAGAAGGAGUUGGACCAGGGAAAAAUCGUCCAGAUCCCGUUCUGUGGAGGAAUUGAAUGCGAGGACUGGAUCAAGAAAAUCACUGCCAAGGACCAGGAUCUGGAGCCUGGAGCUCCAUCCAUGGGAGCUAAGAGCCUCUGCAUCCCCUUCUCUCCCCUAAAGCCCCUGCAGCCAGGCCAGAUGUGCGUGAGCGGCAAAGAGCCUGCACAGUACUACACCCUGUUUGGACGGAGCUACUAAAGCCCUGGUCCACCCCAAUGGACACCUCCGUAGAGAAGGGCUUCCCCACGUCCUCCAUCCAGUUUCUUCUAUCCUGCUCUAAUUUGGGUUUUUAAGCCAGCUGUGGUAUGCGGUCUGAAGAGUUCAGAAUAAGGAAUGGUUUGUUUUGUUUUGUUUUUUUAACGUGUUAACAUUGUGACGCAAAAACUAUCUCUGUUGCAAAGGCAACAGAGAUAGUUUACGGUUGGGAUAUAAUCUGUUACCUUUGUAUUUGAUAACUAUUCAAAGGCCAUACACGUGGGCAGAAUAUUUACAGCCGAGAGGCAGUAUGCAAAUAAAUAUGGCUACCUCUGAAGCAGGUUUAUUCAAAUCUAAUAUUUUAACCUCUAAGGUCCUAAAUUUAGCUGGUUUAAAUGGUGUCGGUGAUCAUCUAUAGGUAGAUGCUGGCCUUUCAACUCUGUCAAAAUCCUUCAAAAACUGUUAAUGAAAGGAAUCCCCUGAGAAUUUUACCGUCUUCUGCUGAAAGGCACUCUUUGCUGGCCAACAGUUUCUAUCUAUCUAUCUCAGGAACACUGUGGGUACUCAGGCUUGCAGUUUGAGUUUAAUUCUUACAGCCAUGUCAGCUCUGCUGUGCGUCCGGUUGUGUGACCACAUUCUAUGAUGAAUAAGGGAUGGCGUUAAGUCAGUAGAGAUGUAGCCACCUGCCACUUAUCCCCCAAUAAUGUACUCUGCUGCCUGUGUAUAAUAAAGGAAUUUCCAUGACAAGGUGACUUGUUUCAGUUGAUUAUUGGUUACUUGUGUUUGAGUAAAAAUAUACACAGCCACAG